UGUAGUGGGUGGUGCGAGCUGAGGGACUGCUAUCUUUUCUACACUUCCAAAGCAGAUAGCGAAAUACUCGGUAAACUGCCGGGCUUCACGUCAAUACUGUUCAGGCUCUGAUAAUCAUUCACUGCGCAGCAUGGCUGAGACGGAUCCCAAGUCGGUGCAGGACCUUACCAAUGUGGUCCAGACACUGCUGCAACAGAUGCAGGACAAGUUCCAGACCAUGUCAGACCAGAUCAUCGGGAGGAUCGAUGAAAUGAGCACGCGUAUUGAUGACCUGGAGAAGAACAUUGCUGACUUGAUGACCCAGGCUGGUGUUGAAGAGAUCGAGGCAGCACCGGAAAAGGCUAAAGAGGGUCAGGGCUCAUCCUGAAGGUUCUUAAGAAGCGAGGCCUGAAGUCGGGUCCUAUAUUCAGGAGCAGCAGACUUCAGUUCUGAAAAUGACUUAUAUUGAUUUGGUGUGUCGUUGUGUGAUAUGCUUUUUUAUAUAUUGAAUAUUGUGAUAAACGGUUACAGUUAUGUAAUGACUUGAAAAGUGGAACGUUAUUUGUAAGCUAGAAUAGUGCGAUGUGCCCUUCAGAGCUUAAAAUGCUCGUGCAGGAAUGCAACUCAUGGAUUUUGUGCACCGACCUGGAGGUUAUUUUGCUUCCAUCGUAUAUCAUAAUUAAUUCGGUCCCAUGAGGUGAUGGCUGAUGGAGACUUUUUUUUCACGCUAGCCUGUGCUGAGAAGUACACCUCGCAGGCAAACAGGCCAGUAAAACCUCCAUCCCUACCAACAUGGGAAAUGGGUACAGUGAACAUCUGAAGCCUGCAGUGUUUUACACAAAACCCUGUUAAUACUGAGGUGUGGAAUGCAUUCCAAUUCUAACAGAUUUUCUUCUAUUAAAGCUAUUUAAUACAAUGCGAUUUGUCAUGUAUUGCAUAAUAAAUAUUUGGCCAGGUGCUGAGUGAAUUUAAAACAAAUAUAA